CGCCUGCCGCCGCCGGCAGCGGGAUGUCGCGGCCGGUGAGGAGGAACAAGAAAAUUGUUGAUUAUUCUCAGUUUGGAGACUUGGAAGAUGAUGAUGAAGACUUUGCAUGUAUAGGUGCACCUUCAAGCAAAAAAUCCAGAACACAGCUCAAGGAUCCAAAGGAGAGAAAAGAGAAGCAAAAAAAGCCACACAAAGAGUCGACUCAGUCACAAAAGCAGACACCUAGUAAAAGGAUAUCCUUGGAUGACAAACUUUAUCAAAGAGACUUAGAAGUGGCCUUAGCCUUAUCCAUCAAAGAAAAAUCUGCAAAUAUCCCUGAGGUGCACAAUUCAGAACCACAAGGUAAGAAUAUUGAAUCAAGAAAUGAACUUCGAAGGCCUGUGUUAUCCAACUGCAGUGUAGACAGUGAACUUCUAGGCCUGAAUCAAGUCAUGGAUGAUGACAUACCUGAGGGUGACUGUAGGCAAAAACCAGCAGCAUCUAAAGUACCAGCACGUGAGAAGUCACUGACCAUUGACAGUGAUGACAGAGAGCAUGCUACUGACUCUGACCCAGAGGCUCUACCCAGUGAGGAGUCAGAAGAAGAAGAUUCAGAUUAUAGUGAAGAUGAGGAUGAAGACUUUGCUGUGGAAAAGAAAAAAGCUAAAGGAAACAAAAAGAAAACCAGGGAAAAGAUGCCAACAGAAAGACAGAAGAAAACUCCCAAAGCCAAGAUUAAUAGUACAGUAUCGCCUCUAGCUUCUCCUUCACCGAUGACGGAACACAGAUCUGAGCCCACCCAAAAGAUGUCCAGCUCUUCACAACCAGUUGGGAGGCCUCUACAUACAUCAAGUCCAGGAACAGAUAAGAAGCCUAAAUGGAUACCUCCAGCUGCAUCAGGAAGCAGUAAUAACCCUGCAAAAUACCUUUCAGUUAAGUCACCUACUCAGUGCCUUAGACUCGGCCUCUCCAGACUAGCAAGAGUCAAACCACUUCAUCCCAGUGCUACCAGCAGUUAAGUGCCAAGUGCCAAGGUGUCACCUGGAGGAAAGGGCUUUAGAAAGUGGUUCACCCUCCAAAUUGGCAAGAGU